AUGGAACAAAACCUUAUAAUUGAGUGCGGUGGAUUUUAUUUCAUUCAUAAUUUUGACUCUGGAAAUCUCGGACAUGUAGAACGAGUCCCCACGGAGCUUAUAGCUCCAAGUGUGAAUUCCAAAGGAAAUGCUACUGAGACUCCCGACUAUGAAUUUAAUUUGUGGACCCGGCCAGACUGUGCAGGCACAGAAUUUGAGAAUGGCAAUCGAACCUGGUUUUAUUUCGGAGUUCAAUCAAGCGAGCCAAAUGUUCAGGUGCGGCUGAACCUGAUAAACCUAAACAAGCAAGGCAAGAUGUAUAACCAAGGUAUGGCACCUGUCACUAGGACAUUGCCUGGCAAACCACAAUGGGAAAGGAUCAGAGAUCGUCCUAUACAUACUACCGAUGACAACACCUUCACCCUGAGCUUCAGGUACCGAACAUCAGAAAACACGAAGGCUACAACAUUCUUCGCGUUUACCUACCCAUUCUCGUUUGCGGAGUUGCAGAUUGCUCUCAACUCUAUAGACUUGAAGAUGCUGCCCUUGCCUCCAGCGCAGUCGCCCGACGAUAUUUAUUAUUUUAGAGAGUGCCUCAUUUAUUCUCUAGAAGGAAGACGAGUGGACUUAUUAACAAUUACUUCCCAUCACGGCCUCACUACGGAACGAGAGGAAAGGCUAAAAAACUUGUUUCCCGACAACCAGGAGCGACCACACAAAUUCGCCAAUAAAAAAAUAAUAUUUGUAUCAGCGCGAGUACAUCCAGGCGAGACCCCCUCAAGUUUCGUAUUCAACGGGUUUCUUAAUCUUCUAUUGACACAAAAUGACCCCAUAGCGUUACAACUACGGAAGCUAUACGUGUUUAAAAUGAUCCCUUUCCUGAACCCUGACGGUGUGGCAAGGGGUCAUUAUAGGACGGACACUAGGGGAGUCAAUUUGAACAGAGUCUAUCUCAACCCAUCGCUUACUCUACAUCCGACCGUUUAUGCGUCGAGAUCAUUAAUUAGAUACUACCACUUCGGUCAUGAAAAAGAAGAUAUGUGCGAAGAAAGCAAGAGUUUUACAUCGCGAAGUAUUCAAAACAUUUGUGAAAGCUCUGAGACUAUUGAGCCAAAGAAAAAAAAGGAAGUCUAUGCGUCCCCAUACAAAAACACCGAAAUAAUGGGGCGACGUGAGAAGACGGCGCCGAAGACAACAGUUACUAAAUCCUCGACCACGAUAAAACCACCGUCGUCUUGCUCAGACAGUGUCAAAAAGGACACGAAACCCGUUAGUGGUGAAGCUGCUAUUUUGGCUGCACAGGUAUGCGACAUGAAAUUACAAGAAAUGGAAUCACAAGCAAGCGAAGUUUCAUCAAAAUCAAAUGACAAUACCGAGGAAUCAAACACCCCGUCAUUACUUAAUGACAGCAUGCUACGAGCAUGUUUGGGUUCCGAAGUUCAUUUGAGCACGAGUGAAGAACUUAACUUGCAAGGGUCGAACCCCCUCCGGCCGUUGAGGGACACCCUGAAGAACAGUAUAAGUUUGCUCAUGGAGUCUCAUUCUUCAGUAGCUGGCGAUGGUUUGUUAGGCGCCAAUGAUGUUCGACAAUCAAAGAUGAAGAUGGGUUGGUGUUCAGAAUGCAGGCAAGCGGUAUCGAAACUUGAAGACGCAAUGCCAGGCAUCACAAAUAUGGUGCCAGGAUACAAUAUAGCAAUGAGUCGAGCCGACACCCUCACGUAUCACUCCAUUGAGGAGUACAGAGAGCAUCAGAAACAACAGCUUGAUGAAAAAGAACGAAAGGAACAAGAAGUCAUAAACCAAGGGCCCCCGGAAGAGGACACGUUGUUCUUCUGUACCAACUGUUUCAAGAAAUAUAUUUUAACACCAUCCAAUGAGGAAAUCAAUUUCUGUGAAACGACGUCAACGACGUCCGUGGCGGUGUCGGCGGGCGAACACGGCGACGUGCGCGCCGAGCCCGACGCGCAGUCCAUGUUCGGGGGCAGCACGGGCGACAUGAUCCUGCCCACGCCACCACCUAAACCUAAGCCCGUGAAACCGAAAUCUGCGACUAUUCCUCGUCCUGAAAGGCCGACCAGGAAGAAAAACACGACAUCGACAAACCCAACCCACCACACUUCGCUCAACAAGUUUCCUUGUACUCCCAAGGAACCAGAAUCGGGACUAUAUCUGUAUAUAGAUCUUCAUGGACACGCUUCUAAGAAAGGUAUCUUCAUGUACGGGAAUCACUUCGAAGAUCUAGAGAGCUGCGUCGAAUGCAUGUUGUUGCCUCGAAUCAUGUCACUCAACAACAUGCACUUUCACUUUUCUUCGUGUAACUUUACUGAGAGGAACAUGUAUCUCAAAGACCGUCGUGACGGCAUGUCCCGAGAGGGCUCAGGCCGUGUAGCCGUGUUUAAGGCCACCGGCCUGGUACGGUCGUACACUUUAGAAUGUAACUACAACACUGGACGCCUCGUCAACGUCCUUCCCCCUACCGUUAGGGAGGGCCCAGCAUCUGCGCUAUUGAACUCUGCUCCCCCACCUCCGAAGUACACGCCGCAUAUAUUUGAAGAGGUUGGUCGGUCACUGGGUGCAUCAAUACUCGACCUUACGGGGCAACAUCCAAAUUCACGCAUCCCAUGCUCCGAGCAUCGAAACUUAUCAGCGGUUCGUGAUUGGCUUCGAGCACAUACUAGGACUAUGAGACCGCAGCUGACAAUGUCUCGCUUGCGUCCUAAAACAUCAUCACCUAGCAGAGUACCUCUAUACGCUCGCUCCAAGGGCAAGGUCACAGAGGAACGCAAAGAGAACACGUACGUUGGCGCAAAGAACGACGCAGAGCGCAAACGUAGUCCACCAGUACUUGCGCAGCGAUCCGGUCAUGACAUCAUGAACAUGAAGUAUGCGAAAAAGAAUGAACCAGUCAAGACGACUUCGCGCACGAAAUAUCUUAGUGAAAAUGAGCCUAAGCCAAAAUCUUUGACUACCAAGCGAAGGAAUAUUUUAGCAAUACGAAAACCCAAUUCGAGUAAGACCACAGUAGGUGGGGGGGUAGUCAAGGCGAAAGUUAGCAGACGAUCCGUAGACGACUCAGAAAGCCCCCGCACGUCGCUAGUAUCCACAAAGCUUAACAAACGGAACUUCUCACGGUCACUUCGCGCUUCAUCCGCCCGCGUGAGUAGUAACCGCUGCCGGGCAAUGGCGUCAUCAUCAUCCGAUGAUAUGGUAGGAGGAAACUGGGAGGACGUGGCUGGUGGCACUAUUUUGGGUUCACAGAGCUCCGGCCACCACGAAGCUUUAGGGGCAAAACGCCGGCCACUACCUAGCUCUGCUACGUCGCACCUCAAAAAAAUUCGGCUGAAGACGGGCAUGUAG